AUUGUGGGAAGAACUGAGCUGUAAAUCGCUUGUAGAAGAAGUGCGUCGUAAACGAGAUACUUUUGUUCUGUUAAAAACCUUUCAAAAUCACUGAAGUGAAACUAUCUUCCACUUUUUUUAUUAUUGAUUCAAUUGGGCAUUGCGGGUGGACAUCGUGGUCUCUUACUUUUGAAAAAGGUUUGAGGAGAUGGAGACAAACAAACAUCGCAGCUGUUUUCAUGAUGGGGGCAGGUGCACGUGCAGCAAAGCAUUGGUCCCUCUGAAUGAGCUGAGAGAUAACAACCUCUUGAGUGACGCGGUGUUUAGGUUGGAGGACGGCGGCGUCUUUCGAGUCCACAGAGCAAUUCUCUCGAUGCGCAGCACAUAUUUCAGGCAACUCUUCACGACAACACUGCACAAAAGUGAGGAGACUGAUAUUCUCCUCCACGGAAUUAGCUCGGACCUGAUGACGCCGAUACUAGACUGUGUUUAUUAUCGCGAGUUUGACAUCCGCUCAGAUAACGCGUGUCGGCUGCUCGUGGCGGCUGACCACUUGUGUAUUCCGGACGUUACUGAACCCUGCUGCGACUUCCUGAAGGACACGAUGGACGCCGACAACUGUAUCGGCAUCAUGCAAUUGGCAAGGUUUCACUUCUUCGCCGACCUUGAGACACACGCUCGUCGCUUCGUUCUGCGCCACUUCGUGCAAUUGUCUCAGCAGAAAGAAGAAAUGCUGGAACUGUCUGCAGAGGAGCUGCAAGCGAUAAUCGAGUCCGAGGAACUGAACGUGAAGGACGAGAAAGUUGUGUGGGAGUUCAUUCUCCGGUGGAUAAACCACGACCCGGGCAACAGGAAAGGCCACAUCGUGGACCUUUUGAAGGGCGUCAGACUGGGACUCCUUGACGCAAAGUUUUUCACUGAAAUGGUAUCCAGUCACCCUUACGUGACGCAAAAUGAGGACUGCAGCCCCGUGAUCUCCGAGACGCUCACAUUCUUCCGCGACGUGGAAAUGAUGAAGAAGGAAGACAAGGAAUUCGUGACACCAAGGAUUGCCUACCCACGAAUCCCACAGGAUUUUCUGCUUGCUGUUUGUGGGCGUAGGGACGAAAGCCCGACAGAUGUGAUCGAAGCUUACGACGCACGAGCAGACCGAUGGAGUGUAGUAGCGGAUGUCGAACCGAUCGGACCGCGAGUCAACCAUGGCACGGCAGUAGUCGGUUUCGACAUUUACAUCAUCGGCGGUUUCGACGGCGUGGAAGUCUUACGCUCAUGUCGCUGCUUCAACGCUGUUACGAAGACAAGGCGCGAGGUGGCGCCUAUGAAAGCUCGAAGACGCAGAUUAAGUGUAGCUGUUCUCCGAAAUGCAGUGUACGCCGUGGGCGGUUACGGUCGAAGUGAGGUUACCAGUACGGCGGAAAGCUAUGACCCCAAGACGAACCAGUGGUCUUUGAUCAAUCCCAUGAACACACAGCGAUGCGAUGCAGCAGCGGCUGUGCUGAAUGACAAAAUAUACGUCGCUGCUGGAUAUGAUGAUCGAAUUUUUCUAAACUCGGUGGAAGUUUAUGACCCGGACACCAAUCAGUGGACGUUCGUUGCACCAAUGCGGAUUGUACGUAACGAUGGUUGUUGCAUCGCCUUCCACGGCUGUCUGUACGCCCUAGGAGGAUAUCGCGGGAUAUCACACGAGCGCAUUGCAGAGAAGUAUAACCCCGAAGAAGACACGUGGACCGAUAUCUCUGACAUUGACUUCGAAGGCAGAAUCUACAACGCAGAAGUCAUCGACGACACGAUCUUUGUCAUCGGUGAAUACGAAAGAUCGGUCACCACCUUACAUGUCAAAUGUUUCAAUGACAAGGAAAAUCGAUGGUUUGUUUCUUUGUUUGUUUGAUUGUUUGGGACCGUAUAAUCACAAACUGUUACUUUCGAAAAGCACUAGGAAGUGAACCAGUUCCGGUCGACAAAUCCGCGAUCUUGCGGAUGCUCUGCCGUGUAGUGUCGUAGAAACUGACCGACGUGUCAGAGGUUCUUACUGCUUACUCAGGGCCUUGAAUACAACGAGCAAAAAGUGGGAGAAAGAAAGGGGGUUGAAUGAACGCAGGCAGGGCGAUGUUGCAGUCAAGCUGAAUCGUUAAAGCAGAGAGCGAGUGACUAGGUAAUGAUAAUCAGACAUAAGCUGUAACUGCGUUGAUAAGAAGCUGUUAGAGUAAGUUUCAUUGAUCAAGGGCAUUUUCUUGGGCAGGAAGUUUCUAGCGUUCAGCACAUCA